AUGAGUACCGCAUAUCGCUACAAACUUCUGGGUGGCGGCACCUAUGAUGGCAGUUCUUUUCGACAAGGUUUCUUAUCAGCUUUCAUGAUAAUGCUCACAUUUUUUGGAAUACUAUACUCCUACAUAGAUACAACAGAUUUAACGGAGUGUCCAGUUUAUAAAGAAGAAGUGCCAAAGCUCAAAAUUUCAUUUGAAAAUCAAAGUUAUGAAAAUCAGUCUGUCAAACUUAAAGUUUGGGAUACCAUGGACGGAGAGGGAUACCAAUUUCAAAAAGAGCCUGCCCCAAUAAUCUUAGAUCCUCGGUUUGACCAACUUGACCAUUUGCCACCAUGUGGAAAUUUAGAAUCUGUGCUAAUCAAAAAGGAUACUAAAGAAUUAAUGGAAAAUGUUAAGAAAAGUUUUUUGGAGUGCAUCAAUCCGAUAGUUCAAGAAUAUAAAGGAAAACCAGAAGAGAUGUUUGUUGAUUGGGUUCCAAAAGCGGAGACAUGUGAUAAGCUUGGAAUUUUUGACAAGUUGGGAGUAGUCCCAUUCGAAAAUUUGCAUGAGACAAAAUGGGCGGUCCUUCCAAAAUGUAAAGAAGAGCACACUCUACUUACUUUGGGAGUUGGUCAUGAUACCAUGGCUGAGGAAAAAUUCAAUGUUACUCUUCCAAAUACCAAAUUUUAUGGAGCUGAUCCAAUUAUUGAGCCAAACCGUCAAAUGUACUCUGCAUUUGGAAAAUUCUUUCCAUUCGCUAUUGGAAAGCAACCAGGAUUCACAAAAUUCCGAGUUCUACCUAACCAGAAUCAGAAGACUCGCGAGUACGUCUUCCAGGAUGUGACAACAAUUCCAUUUUUAUAUUUUGUUAAUGACAUUUUGAAGUUCAAGAGAAUCGAUUUUGCUUGGAUUGAUAUUGAAGGAGGAGAGUUUGAAUUCCUCGAUCAACUUCAUCAGGAUGUUACAAUUUGUCAAUUCAACAUUGAAAUGCAUAUGAAGUUCAGACCAGGAGAUGGUGCCCAAGUCUUCUCUGAAUUCAUUUUCAAAGUUCUAGAAAACCAAAAAUACGUUUUCCUCAAGUCCACGCACACCGAAGUUGGAGUGCAUCGAAUGUUCUUCAUAAAUAUUGUGGACAAGGAGUGUUUAGCUAAAUUCUUCAACUAG